UGCAAAUGUGAAAGGCUAGAUGCAAUGGGAGGGAGGGUGGCUCUGAAAAUUACCAACUUUUAGGGCAGUGGUGGGAGGAGGGGGUGGGGGGGGAAGAUACCUUAGGCAAUAGUUUAUCUGUAUGGAAGCUGGCUUUGAAAAGGAGAGAAGAUAUGAUUAAGGGGGGUGGGGGAUGAAAGAAAUUAAGCAGCAGCAGCAGCAGCGUUGGGGAACGAAGCGAGGGAAAUGAUUAUUAAUGGGAGAAAGGAUUUGGCAUUCGCGUCUAUGGAAGGCAACUUUGCAGCAUGAGAUCAAUGAGGGAAUGAGAUCAAAGCCGGAGAAGGAGGAAGACAGGAGCUCAUCUUUAUUUAUGCUACAGAGAACAGAAAUCAGAGUUUGGGGGGGGCUAUCUGGGGUCAGCUUCCUCCUGCGAGCUAGGGUCAGCUCUGGAAGGAGGGAGCAAAGGGGGACGGACAGGAGCGUGUGGAUGUUUUUUAAACAAGCUACACGGGGUUCCAAAGCAGGCAAAAAGGGAAGCUCCCAGCUUCAUCUUCCUGCGGCUUUGGAAACAACUGUGGUUGAGACACACACCCUGACCCACCUCAGCCCCUCCUUAGAAAGAGACUCAAUUUAAAAUACAGAUUCUCUGAAGAAGGAAUGGGGUGGGUCCCAAAGCCGUCGAAAACUGUCCAGCAGCUUCUUAAAAGGCAGUGGCUCUGUUUGCUCCUCCUUCCCCAUCCUUCUUUCUGGGCCAGUUCUUGGGGGUUUGUGGAUGGGUCCAGCCCAUAGGCCCCUUGUGUGUAAGAUCAGAGGAUGCUGAGCAAACACACAACUGGGAAGAACAGCUACAGCCCGUACUCUGUUGAGCUCAGGAGAAUGGCAAAGAAACACGGCUCACAUGAGCAUGCCCUGGACUCCCUCUCCUACAAACCAAAGGUGUGGCUGAAGGAGCUGCCCCGGAAGGACUGCCUGGAAGCGCCGAGUUCCAGCCUGGUGGACCUGUCCAUGUCCAGCUCCAAGCUCAGCAGUAGCCCCAGCACAGUGGGCACACUCAAGCGCCCCACCAGCCUGAGCCGGCAUGCCAGCGCUGCUGGCUUCCCUCUGUCCCCUGCGGGCACCCGGGGCAUCACCAAGGGACAGAAGACCCCUGCCUCUUACAGCCCCAUCGACAGCGGGGAGGGGACUUUCAUUGAUGUGGAGGACAUCUCGCAGCUCCUGGCCGACGUGGCCCGGUUUGCCGAGGGUUUGGAGAAGCUGAGAGACGUGGUCCUCAGAGACGAUCCCUUGGAGUCUCACCGGCCGCUAGCCCACGAGUGCCUGGGGGAAGCCCUGCGGGUUCUCCGGCAGGUCAUCAACAAGUACCCACUGCUCAACACCUUGGAGACCUUGACAGCUGCAGGAACCCUAAUAUCCAGGGUCAAAGGUUUCCACUACGAGUCCAGCAAUGAGACGGACAAGCGGGAGUUCGAGAAGGCUCUGGAGACCAUCGCAGUCUCCUUCAGUAGCACCGUGUCUGAAUUCCUCAUGGGAGAGGUGGACAGCAGCACCCUGCUCUCGAUACCUCCCAGCGACCAGAAUCAGUCGAUGGAGAACCUCUACGGAGGGAUGGGCACAGACGGCAUGCCAGCCGGCAUGGAAAAAUUUGAUCCAGUCCGUCCGUCUGCAGAAGAGGUGGACAUCAUGCUCCAGCGGUGUGAGGGCGGCGUGGAAGUUGCUCUCCAGUAUGCCAAAAACAUCUCCAAGUACAUGAAGGACCUCUUCUACUACCUGGAGAAGAGGACCACUCUGGAGAUGGAAUUUGCCAAAGGACUGCAGAAGAUGGUGAACAGCUGUAAGCAAACGAUCACUCAGGAGCCACACAUGCCGUUCCUGUCGAUCUACUCGCUGGCUCUGGAGCAGGAUAUGGAGUACGGCGCCACAGUCGUGCAAACGGCUGCCACCUUGCAGAACCAUACCUUCCUGCAGCCACUAGGAGUGAGACGCCUUGAACAUGAAAAGCGAAGGAAGGAGAUUAAGGAGCAGUGGCACCGGGCCCAGAGGAAGCUGCAAGAGGCUGAGACCAACCUGCGCAAGGCCAAGCAGAUAUACAUGCAGCGCUGUGAAGAACACGAGAAGGCCAAGUAUAUGACCGUGAAGGCUGAAGAGGAACAGCAGAACACCAGCAACACCACCACCAAGACCCUGGACAAGAAGAGGCGGCUGGAGGAGGAGGCCAGGAAUAAGGCAGAGGAGUCGAUGGCCACAUACCGGACCUGCAUCGCAGAUGCCAACACAAAGAAGCAGGAGCUGGAGGACACCAAGGUGAACGUCCUGCGGCAGAUCCACGAGGUGAUCAAGCAGAGCGACCAGGUCAUCAAAUCGGCCACAAUCUCCUUCUACCAGAUCAUGCACAUACAGACAGCGCCCCAGCCCGUCCACUUCCAGACCUUGUGCGAGAGCAGCAAGCUGUACGACCCCGGGCAGCAGUACGCCUCCCACGUCAAGCAGAUGGAGCGGGGAGACGAACCCGAGACCCAGUAUGACUUUGAACCCUACGUGUCGCAGAACGCCUGGUCCCCCUGCAUCCGGCCACGGAAAGGCAGCUUUAAUGCCAGUGACUUCAGUUGUGCCGACGGGGCUGCACCCUCCAAGGACGGAGGCGUCUCGGAGGGAGGGGCAGCGGCGAGGGAGCAGCAAAGUGGGACCGUGAACGUGGAACGGAGAGGUGGGAGAGGACACCAGGUCCAUAAGUCUUGGCCAACGUCCAUCAUUGAAACAGAGGGCAGCCUGGAUUCAGCCUCAGGUACAUUUAGCCAGAAGUUCCAGCGGAUGUCUUCCAAUGGCACCAUGUCCUCUAAUGAAGAGCUGGAUGAGAAGGAUGAGAAUGCGGCCUCGUUUGAACAGAGCAUCAAUGGGAUAGCCCCUGAAAUGACGGCUCCGACGGGCCCAUUCCGAAACGUGGGUUUAUCCAAGGCUGCCCAGACCCAUCGGCUGAGAAAACUUCGCACCCCUUCGAAAUGCCGGGAAUGCAACAGCUACGUUUACUUCCAGGGAGCGGAGUGCGAGGAGUGCUAUUUAGCCUGCCACAAAAAAUGUCUGGAGACCCUGGCCAUCCAGUGCGGCCACAAGAAACUCCAAGGGAAGCUGCAGCUCUUUGGCCAGGAUUUCACACAGACGUCCCAGAACAGCUCGGACGGCAUCCCCUUCAUUAUCAAGAAGUGCAUCUGUGAGAUCGAGAAGCGGGCUCUGAAAACCAAGGGCAUCUAUCGAGUCAACGGCGUGAAGACACGCGUGGAGAAGCUUUGCCAGGCAUUUGAGAAUGGGAAGGAGCUGGUGGAGCUGUCCCAAGCCUCCCCUCACGAUAUCAGCAACGUCCUGAAGCUCUACCUGCGACAGCUGCCAGAACCCAUCAUGCCCUUCCGGCUGUACAAUGAACUCAUGGGCCUGGCCAAGGAAAGCCUGCAAGGUGGGGGCGAGACCAAGACCAAGGCUGGGAAGGGAGGUCCCGAGCUGGUGGACAAGGGAGCUGAGACGGACAAGAUGGUGGUGACAUUGGUGACAAAGUUGAAGGAGCUGCUGAAGGAGCUUCCACGGGAGAACUUGGCCACGCUGCAGUACAUCGUGCAGCACCUGAGAAGGAUUGUGGAAGUAGAACAGGAUAACAAAAUGACCUCGAGCAACCUGGGCAUUGUCUUCGGGCCAACGCUGAUGCGCCCCCGGCCCACCGAGGCCACCAUCUCCCUGUCCUCGCUGGUCGAUUACCCCCACCAGGCUCGCAUCAUUGAGGCCCUCAUCAUCUUCUACUCAACCAUUUUCGAGAACAAGGUGGCUCAGCUACUGACCAGCUCUGACAAACACACAGAGGAUGCCGAAGAGGGGACCAGGCACUCUAGCCAGGACAACAAACCCCUGGUUCCACACAGCAACAUCCCGUACCUUGAGGUGCCCUUGGAGAAGGGGGAUUCAGAGAACAACGCCGAUCCGUUCAGAGAAUCUGGCGACCGCUCGAUAGAUUCCGACUCGGAGCUGGAAGAGGGGGCGGAACUGCCGGCUGCAGAGGAGGGAGCCCCGAGGCAGCGGCUGGUGAAGCAAGGAAGCGAGACAAGCACGGACGAGGCUCAAUUCUGCGACGACGUGAGCGAGGGGCAGCUGAGCACGACCGGCAGCGUGGGCCAGUCGGACGCGGAGUGCACCUCUUCCCUGCAGCGCAACCCGGCAGGGGAGGAAGAGCAGAGCGACCCGGAAGAGGAAUCCGUCUCGGAGACAGAGGGCAAGGCAGGCCAGCAAGAGACACCUCUUUCUGACUGUAACACAAACCAGUCCAAUAACACGCUGCUGUCCGAGCGCUGCCGGGGGCACCGGCUGCUGCCCGCCGUUCGGCUACGGGACGGCACGAUAGUGGUGAGGUCAGCCAGCGAAUGGCAGCCCAGGUUUGUCUAGGCCACCAUGCAAAGGCUAUGCAAUGGACAACGGGGCAGGGGGGCUGGCCAGAGGGGCUACCCGCAUGCAGCUACGCGAAGGGCGAUGCUGUGCAUAUUCAGGGAAGGGAGGAGUCAGGCGCAGCCAAGCCUCAGGGAGCUCACAAGGGUUUCGUAUGCUAGCUGCAGACAGUAGUCACCUUUAUCUAGUGACUGGAGCUUCCAUACAAACCCCCUCCGCAUGGACGUUCCAAUCAGCCAGACGACGAGUUGUCCUUGCAGUACCACAGCUUCAGCUAGACAGUAACUAUAGCCAUAAAGCAUAUUCCUUUGAGAGGAGUCGUCCAACGAGGGUGGAUUUGACCUCGUCCUGGUGGAUUGGGAAGGGAUCCAGACCCUGGCUGUAUCUAUGCCAUGCUGCUGCAGAGGGUUUAAACUCACCUUUAUUUAAAUAGCUCGUCAAGAACAGAGAUGCAGCUACUGAAGCGUCUAAUCCGCUGCAGCGAUUACUGAAAACUCCAGCUUCCAGGACUAGGAAGGGACACGAGAGUGCUUUGCGUUUAACUAACCUGUUUUAAGAACGCGCCACCUUCUUUCCCCUCAAGUCUAAGCAUCCCAGGUGGCAGAAUAAAUCUCUUAUGUUUGUACGGAGUAGAUCCCAGAACGCUUUGUACCAUGGAGAUGCACAGGCUCUGUGGUGGCAGAUAGGAUGCCACACAGAGCAGUGGGAGUGGCAUCAUGGACAGCUUUUGGGCAAUUGCCUACCACAACCUCGCAUAGGUGUCACCCAAGCACAGACAGCCGGUCGGUAGAGGGGGGAUAAAGCUUCUAGAGGCAGGUUUGAGAGUAGCCAGGUUUGGCAGGAAGGUGGAAGUCACUGCUGUCCUCCUGUAUAACUUGGGUGGGGUGGAGUGGGGAACUUCACGUAUUGAGACUGUGUAUUGCUGUGUGAUGCUCACAAAGGGCACAAACACUUAUGGCUGACUGGCCCAGGCAUGCCAACUGCAGCUACAAGUCAACUGCAAGAACCCGGGGCACUCCUGUGAAACAUGGGACUUAACUAGUGACCUGCCUUUCCACACCCAGCUUAUUUAUGGUCUUUCUUCCGCUCGGCAAGAUCAUAGAUGACACUGCGUGAGAGCGGCUGGCUGUUCUCGACUCACUGCUGUGAAUUAGCGUGGAGGGUGCCACGGGGCAGGCAGGUUUUCCCAGCUGUAAUUCCUUUGGAUCCUGGGCUCUCUUUAGUCCUUCCUGCAGUUUCUUCUACAGGCAGCCAGUACCCUAACCUGAGCUGUUUUUAAAGGAGCUUGAACUGUAAUUUCAACAAAGAAGGGGUGCACAGUGCUCACAGGAAUGGAAAUCCAUGAUGCAGACACAGCCACUCCAACUGUGCCUCUUGCUGAGAGCCGGAUGACUUGCCCUCUCUGCCCCAAUCCACAGGACAAGCUGCCUUCAGUGGGACAGGAGUUGCCUGAAUUGAGCUACUGGACAUUCCAGUGUCGGGGGCUCUUUAGCUGACCUGUCAACAUGUGCCCAAGGACACAGCUGGCAAAGGAGCUUAAGGGAAUAAACAGAACCAGGCAUGAUGACUUUAAAGAAACACAGGAGCUCACAUCACUGCAGUAGCAGAAGAGACUGAAUUUGCAAAUAGAUUUUAAAACAAAAUAGCUGAAAAUCACUUCCUCUUAUUUCCCACCCCAGCCUGUCCUCAGGCUUCCAUGUUCCUCUUGCAACGGUUGAGAGUGUUGCUAAACCCCGUAAGUGAGCAGGGAGAAAGCUGAACAAACACCACCAGCUCCCCAGCCAAGUUUCACUCACCUGUGCUGGUGUGAUCACAUGAAGCAGUCAGGUUACAGUCUCCAGCCCACCGCAUGCACAUUACUCCCCAACUCUGAGCACCUGCUGGCUGGUGUGGUCAAUCGCUACUUUUGCUAGCCCACAAACUGUCAUUUUAAGGGUACAGUCUAGUGAGCUGAGCUCAGAAACUCUUAUUUGAACACCGUACCUCUCCACCCUUGAAUAAGUCACCUAUCUCUCUGUAGAGCAGGUGUACAAGUUAGCUACCUCCCAGGCCUGUUGUGAGGGUUAUUAAUUUCAGCUGAAAACAAAGCCUGCCUCCAGGAUUCAGCUUUCUGCAUUUUGUAUUCAGUCAAAGCAUGAUGCCUGCCAUCCCCCCAUGGUAUACACAUAAAGCUCCCACUGUCACUUGUGCAUAAGGGGGCAUGGACAUCAAUCACACGGACAAAUUCUACGAUUGCUUCCCCGGACUCAUGCUCCUAUCCAACACUGUCUGUCACCUCGUAGCUUAAUUUAACAAGGACGGGCUGUUUCUCCUCACCCAAGAGAUCCACCGAGGAUAGGCGACAUUCCGAGGCGAUCCAAAAAAAAAAAAAAAAACCACAGCAGGAGCGAAAGCUGCUUUCUAUGACUUACACACAGACACUCUUCCUCAGCAACUUACGGAGUCAUGUGGCUGGGACAAAAACAUCUGCCCCUGUUCAGAGAACAGGCUUCACCACUAGAGGUCACUAGGCCCAGCUCACAGAUUAAGCAGACAACCUGCCGCAGCUAGAGAGAACCGUGGCACUCUAAACCUGUUCGGGGUCUAGUACUGUCUCAUGCCCAGAUCCUCACAGGGGUUUAGGCUCCUGACUUCCACUGAUUUCUAUGUGAGGAGCCUAAAAUACCCCUGGGGCUGUCCCUGCUCGGGAGAAGCCACCAAAUCAAGCCACCCUUGGGCAUAGCUACUGCUGUACUGAAUGGAUGGCUACGUCCCAGGUUUGGGAUGGUAAUUACAUACUGCUGCAUUAUGAAGGGAGGAAUAAAGAUUCUGUUGUUCAGCCAAAUGUUAUAGACGCCAGAGCUAAGAGGAUCAAUCAUCUUUGAAGCAAGUGGAAAGAACUCAGGAAUGCGAGAUGCCUGGAACUCUCCAAGCCCCAGUUAAAAUAAUGGCAGAAGUUUCUUGGUGAAGAAAUACAGCUGCUUGUAGAGGUGGAGGUAACCUAUCUAAAGUAGACCACAAACUGGUUUGUUUGUAACUGAGCUGGAAGACUGCAAGACUCCUCACUGCAUUGUCCUUCAAUACAACGGUUACAUUUUACUGCAGCUUGUUUCCAUCUUAGGAGAAGGAAUCAGAACUGCUUCACUACAGUCCUGUCCUACUGCUAACCCUGGGCAAUAUGGCGAGUGGGUGUGCCUGGACAGCUGAGUGGGUGCACAAGAGGGAAUGGAGUUUCGGUGUUACAAGUGCUGUGUUUGUGCUUAGCAUGGUACCAUGCAGCCUGUGUUUGUAUAUUGUUCAGCUGCCAGAGAUGGAGCAUGUUUAUAUGAACACAAGUCACAGCCUUGCUGUGCACAGAAGUCUUAUGUCGUUUGUGCUCUAUGCAAAUCCACAUGCUUCAAAGAAAUAAAAAUGUGUUCAGAUGAGCGUU